CAUGAGUUUCACGAGACCCUUUUUGUCGGCUCAUCGCCGAAGGAGCAUCUGCCGGCCAGCAGUGUCUGAAACAGAGGUAGCAGGCAACACCAUCGCCGACUACCAUGCCCGAGAAAUGUCAAUCCGGGCCGAGCACGAGCCGGCAGAGCUACCGCACCCGGUUACCAGCUUUCGGGACAUUACCCGGAUGUACCGAGAAGAAAGGAUGGAUGCUCAGGAUGAACGCACUAUCAGUGCCUCGAAGACGCCGCCUAAGCCAACUGCCACUCCUCGGGGAGUUGACCAAUGCUGGCACGUGGCUAUCAUCUGCGCCAUGACUACAUUCCUCACUUCCGCCACCAUCAGGUCAUCUGGCUUCCUUUACAUCGGCAUAAUGAAGGAGUUCCAUGCCGACCGCGGUCAAGCCGCCUGGCCAAUCUGCCUCAUGGGAGCCAUGGCCAACAUGGCUGGCCUUGUCGCCGGUCCUUUGAUCCAGAAGUUCACGCCUCCACCUGUCAUGUUCGCCGGAAGCAUAAUUAUGUCAGGUGGUAUCAUCGCUUCGAGUUUUGCACCGACCAUAACAUGGAUUGCUGUUACACAAGGGAUUGUGUUUGGUAUAGGAUCAGGCCUGGUGUUCAUGACGCUCCCCGUAUUCGUCAACCAGUACUUCGACAAGUACAGGGGAUUCGCACUUGGCAUCGUGUACACCGGCUCCACGAGCUCGGCGUUCGUCUUUCCGCGGUUGCUGCUGUACCUCGAGAAUACGUACAACUUUCGCGGCAGCAUCAUGAUCUUCGGCGCUAUCAUAGGUCACGUCAUCGCCAUUAGCCUCCUCCUGAAAGAGCCACCAUGGAUUCGCCGCAAGCGAGCAGAAGACGGACUGGCAGUGAAGCAAGCCAAACAGAUCUUCACCAUCCAGAAAGAAUGCAUGAAGGAACAAUCGAACACCAUCCAGAAAGACGCUCUUCCUGGUAAAAAAGGAGAAGGCAACGCAAAAGAUAAAGCAAAGAAGCCGGUGAAUCCUUGGAGUCUCCGUCAUGGGCUUACUGUGCUCGAGAGUCCCAUGUUUUAUGUCGUGACGCUCACAUAUAUUGUAUUUGGUUAUAACUUUGACGUCUUCAUGGCCACCAUUGUCGACUUUGCUAUCGACAAAGGCACGGAUUUGGAGGCAGCCGUGGGUCUUAUACCGCUUUUCUCCAUGACCGACACGUUUGGACGCCUGUGCAUCCCGCUGCUCGCCGAUAGAGGGUACCUGAGGCGCAGUACCCUGGCCAUGCUCACCUACCUGUGGAUGUCUGUAGCACUGCAAGUUUUUCCACAUGUGUGUGGCUACUACCAUCUGUUGGCUGCCUGUCUGUGUCUCGCGACGGCCAUUGGCUGUGGCGUCACCAUGUAUCCGAUUCUUAUGGCCGACUACAUGGGCAUCCAGAGGCUUCCAAUCAGUUAUGGAAUCGUCGGGACAGUGGCUGGCCCAUUGUUUAUAGUCAAGCCACUUUUUAUUGGCUACUUCCGGGACCACGUCGGGUCGUACGACAACAUGUACCGGUUCCUCUCGGUCGGCGUCUUCACGGUAGGCCUUGUUUGGCUAGCCGUGUCCCUGAGCGAGCGCCGCAAGCGCAAGACGUGGCAGCCACCUGCAGAGGGAGCCGCCGAAGCCAUCGUCGUUGCUGGCCAUGCCAUCUACUGCAACCCCGGUUUCGUGGCCACGGAACCUGGCUGCAGGGACGUUUACUGCGCCGGGUCGAAGGCGCGGAAAUGUGAUCCAGAAUGCGGAACGGUCUCAACAUGAUGUUUCGCAGGCGAAUUUAUUUUUGUUCAAAACACGCACGACAUGUGCGGGUCGGUUCGCAAAAUCAUCCCGCUACAGAAAGUGCUGCGGGUGUUGAGACGCGCGUGUCCCAAAUCGCGGGUUUUAACACGGUUGUCCGGCUGCGUUUACACCAUAUUGUGUACUUUGAAAUAAGACGCUAUAAAGCGCAUAAUUUCAAGUGUCGCCUAGCUUUGAAACUAGGCGGCAUGGAGGCGCUAUCGAAUGCACGCCGCGCAGCCGAUGGCGAAACGUCUCUGCACCGUAUCGGUAGCCAGGAAGGUGACAAAGAUUCUACCAAAUGUUGUGUAAAAUUUUCAUAACGUCUUAGAUAUUGUUACUAUGAUAUAGCAAAUCGGUAAACUGGGAUGGUUGGCACAUUGUAACACAAGUAAAAAAAAACGGGAAACACACGAGAGACCAAAUGAAGAAGACUAAGGGACUAGCUGGGCGGGACUAGAGGGACUAACGACGGAUGUCUACUUCAUCUGGCCUGCUGUGUUUUUCCGCUGGUUUUUUACCCGUUUUGUAACGUACCAACUAGUCCAGUGUAACGCUUUGCUACUCCUGCUAGUCUGGUCGUCUUCUCCAUCUGGACUUCCGUGUGUUUCCGCAGCUUUUAUUUCGUUUUCCAUUUUUAGUUACUCCGAAUAUAUUUUUGGCAUAGUGCAAGCGCAAUAUUUCCAACGGACGCUUUGAAGCAACCUGUAAUAAACAGAAAAAAGCGCAGACUCAGCAGCCCUUAGUCAACGACUGCGCUAAACAGCUCCACUAUGGUAUAACCAUUCGCAUGACCUGCAUACACUCUCUGUCAUAUAACCGAAUGCAGCAAUACUCAUCAGUUCCUCAUUUUUCUUCUUGGAGUCUAUGCAUGUGAGUGGUAAAGUAGUGGUUCACAAAUUCCUUCUACAGUUUUUUUUAUUGCCAUGAAUUCCUUAGCAUGGUAGCGAAAAGCAGCCUGCACUUUUUAUUGUACCCAAACACUUUGCUCUUGACUUACUGGCGGCAAUCUACAAGCUUCAGUUUCUAUUUUUUCAAACUAUGUCACGGGUUGUUGUUUUAGCCCACCAGUAUUCAUAUGAUAGAUACAAAGCCAAUUCUUUCCGAAACCAUUUUGUUCGUGAUAACAUUUCUGUCACAAAAUUUUGUAAAUAAACUGGUCAUGAGUGGC